UUUGUUUGUGCGGGAAGGUGUGAGUUGGCUGGCUGUAUGCAAAUGUUUGCAAUCCCUGUGGGGUUUUUUUUUAAGUUUUAUUUUAGACGAUCCAAUCAGAAUAACAGGAAGUGACCUAAGGAAUUCCACAAUUGGCCAGCUAAACAUUCUAAAAUAUGUUUUAAAAUUAAUAUCACAAGCACCUGCCUUCACUGCUGUGAGGUUUUUUGAAGUGAUAGCCUGCCACCUAUGUGUACCUAACAUCUGGUAUAACAUCUGAUCAGUCUUUUCACUGCUGCAGCUAAAGGAUUUCCCCAACAGAACCAGCAGCUAAAUGAGACCAUGAUUUUAGAAGGAACCGGCAGAAUGAGUCUUAAUUCAGUCACAAGUCUUCUCCACGAGCAGCCGUCCUGGACAGAUGGAUACCCCACAUGUCAUGCAUCAGGCAGUUUCUUUGGAACUCAGUGGCAUGAGAUACACCCUCAGUACUGGACAAAGUAUCAGGUCUGGGAAUGGCUUCAGCACCUUUUGGACACCAACCAGCUUGAUGCCACCUGCAUUCCUUUCCAGGAGUUUGAUAUUGGUGGGGAACAUCUGUGCAACAUGAGUUUGCAAGAUUUCACCCGAGCAGCUGGCACAGCUGGGCAGCUUCUUUACAGCAGCCUUCAUCACCUGAAGUGGAAUGGCCAGUGUGGAAGUGAAAUGUACCCUUCACACAAUGUCAUUGUUAAGACAGAACAAACAGAUCCGUCUUUAAUGGCAUCAUGGAAAGAAGAGAACUAUUUCUAUGAUAGUGGAUAUGGUGGCACAGUAGAAUUAGUGGACAGCAAAGCGUAUUGUCGAGCACAGAUUGCAAUCAACGCUGCUAGUCACCAGCCUACUGAAGAUGCUUCAGGGCUGAAAAAAACACAAGACCACCUUACAAAAUCUCACAGCAAGAAACACACUCCUCGAGGGACUCACUUGUGGGAAUUUAUCCGAGAUAUUCUCCUGCAUCCAGAGAAGAAUCCAGGCUUGAUAAAGUGGGAGGACCGGUCUGAAGGCAUCUUCAGAUUCUUAAAAUCUGAGGCAGUAGCUCAGCUGUGGGGAAAGAAGAAAAACAAUAGCAGCAUGACUUAUGAGAAACUCAGCCGUGCCAUGAGAUACUAUUACAAAAGAGAAAUUCUUGAACGUGUAGAUGGUCGGAGACUAGUUUAUAAAUUUGGAAAGAAUGCCCGUGGCUGGAGAGAAAAUGAGAACUAAGGAUCCACUUUAAAAACAACUGUACAAAUUUUCACCAACAGGAAAAAUAUGUAAAUAUUUCAGAGACUAUUUUCUUCUAUUUAUGUACAAAAAAUUGAGGGAGGCCGGGCAGAAAUCUACUUCUAAUGGGAAGAAGGAACACUAUGGUUUAUUGAUGUUGAAAUUAUUUUAUUUGACAUAUGUCCUUCUAUGGGGAAAGAUGUACACAGUUUUCUGUGACCUAUGAUAUAAUGCUGUAUGGUUGUGUUUGGGGAUGUGUUUUCCUUUCUUGUGAAGACUUUAAAAAUGUAUUCCAAGAGAAAUGUGAUUUAUAACAAUACUGUGAGAGAAGUAUGUACUGAGAUGAACUCACAGGGCAUUACUUUUUACUUCAGAGCCUGACAAUAAGGACUAUUGCUUUCUGCAUUUAAGAGAAAUUAGGAUGCAUCUAUAUAUUGUCCUUCCCCAACCUGGAGCCUUCCAGAUAUUGUGGCAAAUGGUCAGUAACAAAGGAAGUUUUAGUCCAAAGCACCUGGAAGGUGUGAGGUUAGGAAAUGUUGAUCUAUAUCCUUUAUCACAGUGUAAGGGUUGUAUGAGAAGAUCUGGCCUCUCAAAUCUUGUGUCUGUUUUAGAGGUAGCUGAUGACUGUGGGAUAUUGCCCUGUUUUGGUCUCCGUUCUUGAUCCUCAGUUUAAGAGAUGGAUUCAUGUUCCUGGAUGAAAGACUAUUUGUUCAAAUAACUGUCCUGGAACAUGAGAAUCCACAAUCUCAGUAAACAGAUAUU